AACGGAAAUAAAUCUUCUAAAGCCGCACAUUUCUGCUACAGUGUCUAGAUGUAUUUAUUUAUUGACAUUUUCAGAGCUAUAACUGCAAUCCUUUAAAUAAUUACAGAUGUUGGUAGACUUCUGUGGUAUUUUGGCGUCUUGAAUCCUGCAGGCGUGUGUUUUAACAGCACUACGGCGCUCAAGCCGCUCAUCCCGCACAACACAAGGGAAGGGAGUGACACAAACAAUGGGAGGACAGAGGAAUCAUUGAUAACACCGCUAUACAUCUAUGCCUCUAAACAAGCCUACUACUGAAGCGGCACUAAUGUGGAACUGGUAUUUUAAGUGCUGGCCAGUGAUGCAGUGAGAAUCGAUUGCCACUGUGAUAAAUGCAUCUGAAUCUGCAGUAGGGCAUUUGUAGAGUAUUGUUUUAAGAUUUCAGAUCUGUCCUUACAAUGGAUUUCCCUUUCGACCUCAAUGCGCUUUUUCCCGAGAGAAUUUCAGUGCUGGAUAAUAACUUGAGUGCAGGUCGGAAAGCGCAUGGCAGACCAGAUCCUCUUCUUCAGAUCACCACAGUUAUAGAUGAGCUGGGAAAAGCCUCCUCUAAGGCCCAGCAGCUGCCGGCACCUAUAACCAGUGCUGCAAAGCUCCAGACCAACAGACACCAUCUCUACCUCCUGAAAGAUGGGGAACAGAACGGCAGAAGGGGUGUUGUAGUUGGAUUUCUGAAGGUUGGCUACAAGAAGCUCUUUUUACUUAACCAACGGGGGGCGCAUUUGGAGACCGAGCCAUUGUGUGUGCUGGAUUUCUAUGUGACAGAGACCAUGCAGAGACAUGGUUACGGGCUUGAACUCUUUGACUUCAUGCUUAAACACAAACGGGUGGAGCCGGAGCAGAUGGCGUACGAUAGACCUUCUCCUAAAUUCCUGUCAUUUUUAGAAAAGCACUUUGAUCUCAAAAACAGCGUGCCACAGGUGAAUAACUUUGUGGUUUUUGAUGGCUUCUUCCAGAGUAGAUCAGCGGUCCAAUUGAGAAAAGUUCCCCCAAAAAAGCCAGAGGGAGAGAUCAAACCAUAUUCACUAAUGGAAAGAGAAGUGGUACGGGAGGAGCAGAGGGCUCUUCCCUGGCCUUUUGUUCGCCCAGCAGGUCCCCCCCACUCUCCCCCUCUGCUCCCAUCAUCUCCGCAAUCCCGUUCGCUCAGUGUGGGAUCCUCCCCCAGCCGGGCCCCCCACCGUCCCGUCGUGGCCCUGGGGCUCCUGCAGGGUCAGACCCCUUCCUCUCAACUCAACGACAGCUGCAGGACAAAACGCACCAGCCACAAGGGUCUGGUUGCCAGGAGCAACCUCUACAGUCGCCAUAUCAACAGCCGAGACCUCGGGCAAUUAUUGGUGGAACGGCAGAACGGCCUGAAGCUUCCAGGGCUGAAAGCAGUGCUCUGUGAGAGAGUGUGUGACUCAGGGGCAAAGGCAGAUGCAGUGGAACACAAACACACUUCAGAAAGACCGCAUCUUCAAGGCCAGGUUUUCGCCCUUCCUACACUUGCUGCCCCCAAGAAAGAUCAUCUUCAGGAGCAGACCUCCAUAGCACCCUUAGAACGCAAUGGAGAGCGAUGCAGCGACCUGAAGGCCAAAGUGUCACAUAACAGAGAAGAGGACCGGAGGAAAGGUGGAGCGGCCGAGAUCUCGAGUGGCGGAUGGUCUUGGACGGUUGGGGAGAGCCGCUGUACGGCGCAAUGGGUCCGGCAGAAACAAGAGUAUCGCAGCACGCGACCCUGGUGACAGGACGCCAUUGAAAGAGGAAUAUUUGAAGAAAUGAACCGUUGGACAUUGCAAAGGAAGCUAG